CGAAAUUGUAUAUUUAAAAUCUCUAAUCUUGCCCCCAGAUCAGGAGUUGAGCAAAGUCGGGCUUGUACUUAUCGAGAUAAAGUCUGAAGCAGGAGCCACUGUUUGUGAACUUCUCUCAAAGCGGAAAAGACGUCUAGUUCUGUGCCGAACUCUGGAGUUUAGUGUUUUCGUUUUAUCAGUGAAGAUUUGGACCAAGAUACAGCUGCGCAACGCUACAAAUGAGAGCAAUUCAUAAAUCGUGGACAAUCAAGGACACAUUUAGAAGCUCAGACGUUCUCUUAAAAAGUUGCCUGUGUACUUUUAGUUAUUUUGUGAGAGAAUGUGUUUUUAUGGCAUAGUUUUAGAGGAGCGUCAUAGAAAUAUCCGUCUUUAGUUGAUUCUCAUCGAACAGAAAGGAUGUGGGGAGAUUCUAUUCAGCAUCUGUCCCCAAAAACCUUCAUCGAAAAGAAAAAUUAAGAUGUAGAACGAGGACGACAGUGUAUGGUAAAUGUGAUUUAGGCUAUAACACUUAAUUAUUGUAGGGCAUUUUGUUUCGUGUAACAUGGGGAUUGUGCUACGCAUGUACAACUUUACAACCAUUUGAAGAAAAAAACAAGAGGAAAGAGUUUACGUGAAAGGAAGAAGACAAGUCAUCUGUGGAGUCAAUAGACCUGGCCAAAGACAACCCAAAACUCGUGUGCACGUGCCACAACAAGAAGGGCACGUGUUUAAACGAUGGAGGGCGCCGCUGUCCUCGCUGUCCUGCUAGCCAGGAUGCUCCUGUGGACCUCCACAGCACAUGCAGACAAGUCAUCUGUGGAGUCAAUAGACCUGGCCAAAGACAACCCAAAACUCGUGUGCACGUGCCACAACAAGAAGGGCACGUGUUUAAACGGUAUGUGUUCGGGGGACUACUGCUUCUACACCAGGCUGUACGGGCAAGAGGAGAAGGGCUGCUUCAUGAAGGACCACCGGGAGCAGUGCUUCACCUCCUUCGAUGGCCUCUACGUCGACUGCUGCACCACCAACUUCUGCAACCAAAACAGCACCGCCCCACACGAACCAGGGCCGGAGCCAAAAGAGGACAGCCUCGUCGUGCUGGUGGUGGUCCCUGUGCUGCUGCUGCUCCUCGUGUGUGUGUGUGUGUGCGGCCUGGUCGUGUGGCUACGCUCGCGCCGCCGGUGCCAGUGCGCGGGUCAACAAGACGACCACAACGUCACCAUGCUCAAGAUCCCUGUCGGCGGAGACCCCACCUACGGGGACAUAUUUGAUGAGUUCUGUACGUCUGGGAGUGGGACUGGCCUUCCGUACCUGGUCCAGAGAACCAUGGCCAGACAGAUCUCUCUGGUCGAGUGUGUUGGCAAGGGGCGGUACGGCGAGGUGUGGAGGGGGACCUGGACGGGCGAGAACGUGGCCGUGAAGAUCUUCUCCUCGCGGGACGAACAGUCCUGGUUCAGGGAGACGGAGAUCUACAACACCGUGCAGCUCAGACACGACAACAUCUUGGGCUUCAUCGCUUCAGAUAUGACCUCCAAGAACUCCAGUACCCAGCUGUGGCUCAUCACCCACUUCCACGAGCUGGGCUCCCUCUACGACUUCCUGCAGUACAGCAGCCUGGACCCCGAGGGCUGCCUGCGGAUGUGCCUGUCAGUGGCCUGUGGCCUGGUCCACCUGCACACAGAGAUCCUCAGCACGCAGGGCAAGCCGGCCAUAGCCCACCGGGACCUGAAGAGCCGCAACAUCCUGGUCAAGAGGAACGGCCAGUGUUGCAUCGCUGACCUGGGCUUGGCGGUGAUGCACUCCCAGAACAGCGACUACCUGGACGUGGGGAACAACCCCCGCGUGGGCACCAAGCGCUACAUGGCUCCCGAGGUGCUGGACGAGAGCAUCCGCAUGGACAUCUUUGAGUCGUACAAGCAGACAGACGUCUGGGCCCUGGGCUUGGUCUUCUGGGAAAUCUUGCGCAGGACUCUCGUCAAUGGGAUCGUGGAAGAGUACCGACCCCCUUUCUAUGACAUGGUGCCCUCGGACCCCAGCUUUGAGGAGAUGAGGAAGGUGGUGUGUGUGGACCAGCACAGGCCCAGCCUCCACAACAGGCUGCACUCCCACCCGAUCCUGACCGCCAUAGUGAAGAUAAUGAAGGAGUGCUGGUUCCAGAGCGCCGCAGCCCGGCUCACGGCCCUUCGCGUGAGGAAGAGCCUCGCCAAGCUGGACCCUGACAGCGACUACAGCACCGAGAAACUCAAACAAGACCUGUAGACCAAAACCCAGAAGCUUCUGUUCCCCCCCCCACCACCACCACCACCACCACACUCCCCAGUGGACAGUGAUUAACUUCCACAUGACUGAUGACCCUGUCAACCAUUUUCUAAGACCAUUUGGAAAAAGAGGAAACGUCUCUUGGAUGUCGAUGCCGGGUCCGGCCAUUUUGGUCUCUCCGUCUCUAGUCCACACAUUUCCAUCAUUCUGUUGUUAAUACGCUCUGGAUAAGAGCGUCUGCUAAAUGACUAAAUGUAAUACCAAGUGCCUUGGAGUGACUGGUCAGCCCUGUGGUGAGUCUUCCUAAGAUCUACCACUGGAACGUUGACAAGACUGGAACAUUUCAAGUGGAUUAAAAUAAGCAAGAUUUUAAGCAGUUGGCUUUGGCUUAAGGUCAUGGGUCAAGCAUAGAGCAACUAGCACUAAGGAUACCGAGCAAACAUCUUCCCAAGGAGAAGUGGACUGAUUGGACAAACAUGCUCACACCAAGAUUAGGCCCCCGAUUAGGCGUUCAGAAGAACUGGACCUGGUCUUUGACAGUUCAGAAGCUUUGUCAUACUGACUUUCCGUGUGAUAAGAGUGUUUUGGGGAUCCCUAUCAGUUAGUGAAGGUAAAACGUGCGGGAAAAUGCUAUAAAUAUGGGACUGAAAAUUAUGUUGGAUUAUAUCCCAGACAAACCAAAAAUACAUUUUCCAAUUUUAUUAAAACGUGUUAACAAACAUCAAAAUUCAACAUCACAGUGUGUGCGAUCACUGUUUUGCGAAAAUGGAGUACCCCAAGGAUUUCAAAAGGACCUACUGACAGGAUGCACUGGGAAUGUUUUUAUGCUUGUUGUAAAUUAAGUGUCUUGUUUGUUCCGAUGCAUGCUGACAGAACCCUGCUGAAACUAGUUUGAGUUUCCUGGAAGCCAUUUCAGUCGACCAUGUGCCUACCACUGCAACUGUUACUAUAUUUACCAUUUGAGCUUAUAGGUCACAGUAUAGUUCUAUGUUAGAUAUUUUGCCUAUACCAACGAUAUUCAUGUAUGUCUAUUACAUUUUCUAUAUAUUUGACAUUUUCCAUGAAAUUAUUUUGUCACAGAUAUAAGAGAAAUUAUUAAAUGUGCAUGAUACUUAAAAGGAUAAUAAAAACAAAGCACACAUUGUUUUAGUUAAAUAAUGAGGAGGGCGCUGGAAGAGCAUGCAGUUCUAUCAUUGCCCACAAGAGGUCUUAGGAUACUAAAUUAAGUGAUGGAAGCUGGGCAGCAAAGCUGUUCUUCAAAUAUAUGUUCAUUUGAAAUGA